AUGAAAUCCGAAGCCGACUCCAACGGCGGGCAGUCCCCGGGCACGCAAACCACAUUCGUGGAUUCCCUGGAUCAUGGAGAACGAUUUUCGAAUUGGCCCAACUUCUCCAUCGAACAGUACUACCCACGACAUACACGAGGAAACUCAAUACAAAAAAUCCUCUUUCCCGAUCCAUCCUUUACGACAAGACCUGGCUUGGGUCGCUCGCUUAAGUUGAUGUGUACCAAAUACCCCGUACGCGACAUGGCCUGGGCAACGGGAAUCGUCUUUGCCCUUGGAUCACUACUCUUCGUCAUCAAUGGAUUCUUCAUAGUUCUCCCUCUGGUGGCACCCAAUUCGAACUUCCCAACCGAGGCUUCCUAUGGGACGCCCGUUACCGCUUUAGCAGGAGGCAUUUUGUUCUGUUUUGGAGGGUUAGCAGGUUACUUAGAAGGACUUAAUGCAAAACGGGCCGGCGGCCCUCAGAUGACUGAAGGCAUCCGAGUUGAUCGUGAAAUCUGCAGUAUGGAAGGCGGACUGAAGACUCGUGAUGACGAUGAACUUGGCUUUCGCGCCUCUGCCUCAAGCGACAACAUCUCCUUGCGAACAACACCACCCACCACACCACGACCAACAUCAAGCUGUCCCUAUGCGACCUCGAUCCUCCACCCUAUAACCACCACUGACGGGAUCACAACAACUGUUCGUGCCAGUGCGACAAACCGCAACCUCACUGCCAAUGCGACCACGCCCCCGCACCUAGCCAUGAUCGGCUCCCCAACCUUCAUCUGGAUUCCCAGCCUGCGCCAGUUCACACACACCUACAUGCGGGACCUGGCCUUCAUGGGGUGUCUUAUUCAAUUCAUCGGGACUUUCAUCUUCCUGUUCGCCAUUGUCACCGGCCUCCCUGGCCUCAUGGACCUAACCUCCGUGCCCACUCUCUUCCUCUGGAACCUACUGCCUGCCACGCUCGGCGGCGUCCUCUUCAUCACCGCGUCGAUGUGCCAGCUGCUUUCCUCCCAGGACAAGUGGUAUCGUCCCAAACCCCUGGAUUUGGAAUGGCAUAUCGGCGUGUCCAAUGUGAUUGGGAGUAUCGGCUUCACGCUCGCUGGUGCGCUGCCAUUUUUGCAGACCCCGAAUGGGACUUUGCAGGCUAGUCUUGCGAGUUUGUGGGGAAGUUGGGCGUAUCUCGUGGGUAGCAUUCUGCAGUGGUACUGUGCUAUGGGGAAGUAUGCUUCUGAUUGA